UCUAACUAAGAUUUGUUAGUUGUGGGCAAUCAUGGAAAUUUCAAGCUCCAGUCCGUUUGUCCACUUGGAAAGGAAGAUCCUGAAACGUUAGGACGAGGGGAUAAAAAGAAGAUUAGGUGCGUGCUUUUUUGGCGUGUGUGGGAAGCAUAUUCUGUACGCACAAAUAAUUCUUGCAAAAUUAGCGUGUUUCAACACAGACGUGGUGGUGGCAGGGCAGCGGAGGGUCGAGGUGGUGGUCACUUUAAGAAAGGGUGACGUUGGUCCCUGCGGUGGUGGUGCAUCAUCCAUUUAUGACUGUUUUCCAUUGCUCUGGAGGAAAUGCUCUCUUUCUCUCUACGCACGAAAACGAAAACGAAUGAAAAGGUUUUCUUUCUCUCUUCCAACGAUAAAAACAAACAAAGUAUACGAGGUUGUCCGCCACAUCUCGGACCGGCUGCCAAAAUUACUCAGAUUACCUUUCAACCCAAGAUGGCAGAGACAGCGGUGGGGUCGCGUAAAGACAGUGGAAAGUUGGAGCACAAUGUUAGGGAAGAUAGCGAAUAUGUUAGGCUUGUUAUAUCUGACCAACCAAGAAUUGGUGACUUCGACAUUUCACAAGUUCAAUCGAGAGCGAGGGUUAAAUCUUUCAUACGGUGGAUCAAAGCUUUAAUUUGGUGCCUUGUUAUUGCCAUACUAGUUCUUGUUUUCUUGAAAUGGGGUGUUUCAUUUCUUUUUGACAAGGUUCUCUUGCCAAUGAUGGAAUGGGAGGCAACUGCCUUUGGCCGUCCGGUCCUCUCUCUUGUGCUUACUGCUUCUCUUGCCUUGUUCCCAGUGUUCCUAAUUCCUUCCGGUCCUUCCAUGUGGUUGGCUGGGAUGAUCUUUGGAUAUGGUAUUGGUUUCGUGAUAAUCAUGGUUGGAACCACUAUUGGGAUGGUCCUGCCCUAUUUGAUUGGGCUAGUUUUCCGUGAUCGCAUCCAUCAAUGGUUAAAGAGAUGGCCCCAGAAAGCUUCUAUGGUUAGACUUGCUGGGGAGGGAAGCUGGUUCCAUCAAUUUAAAGUGGUUGCCAUCUUUAGGGUUUCACCAUUUCCCUACACAAUUUUCAACUAUGCAAUAGUGGUAACAAGUAUGAGAUUUUGGCCCUACUUAUGGGGUUCAGUUUCCGGAAUGGUACCAGAAGCUUUUAUCUACAUAUACAGUGGUAGGUUAAUAAGGACAUUUGCUGAUGUGAAGUAUGGGAACUAUCACUUGACUACUGUGGAAAUAGUAUACAACAUCAUCUCCUUCAUCAUUGCAAUUGUUACUACUGUUGCCUUUACUAUUUAUGCGAAACGAGCUUUGAAGGAGCUUGAAAGGGCAGAGGCUACUGAAGAAGUUCUCCCCUCCCACCAAGAAAGUCAUGAGAUGGGAAAGCUUCCACUUGAAAGACCUAAGCGUGCAGGUUUGUCGUCUUUUUCAUUAUAGCCUGAAUACGUAGGAGGAAAAUAUAUGUACCUGUUGAAAUUGAUAUGUUAGAUGGCAUUUGUAGGCUAGGUGAUCGUUGUAACUUCCUUGUUCAGUUUUUAUUUUUUUAUUUGAGGGGGGUUUAUGUUUGUAACUACAAAAAUAGAAUUCAGAGGGAAAAUUAGGGGACGUAAAAGGUGAAACUUCUUAGCAUAUUUUUCCGUGCUUGUUUUCUUUCUUACCAUUCAAGAAACAACUUUUUUGUU